AUGAACGCUGCUCGUUUCCUCCGCCGUCCCGCGACUUUCGCUCUCCGGCCGUCCUUCGUCGUCCCCCAGUCCAGCUUCUCCGCCGCCCCCGCGUCCUUCAUCGCUGCCCGCACCAUGGCCUCCGCCGUCCAGAAGAUCAAGGUCAAGAACCCCGUCGUCGAGCUCGACGGCGACGAGAUGACCCGCAUCAUCUGGCAGACCAUCAAGGACAAGUUCAUCCACCCCUACCUCGACAUCGACCUCAAGUACUACGACCUUGGCCUGCCCUACCGCGACGAGACCAACGACAAGGUUACCCUCGACGCCGCCGAGGCCAUCAAGAAGUACUCGGUCGGUGUCAAGUGCGCUACCAUCACCCCCGAUGAGGCCCGUGUUGAGGAGUUCAAGCUCAAGCAGAUGUGGCUCUCGCCCAACGGUACCAUUCGCAACCACCUCGGCGGCACCGUCUUCCGCGAGCCCAUCGUCAUCCCCCGUAUUCCGCGCCUGGUGCCCGGCUGGAAGAAGCCCAUCAUCAUCGGCCGCCACGCCUUCGGCGACCAGUACCGCGCCAAGGAUGCCGUUCUCCCCGGUCCCGGCACCCUCAAGAUGGUCUACACCCCUGAGGGUGGCGAGCCCCAGGAGAUCGAGGUCUACAAGUUCAAGGAGGGCGGCGGCGUCGCUCAGACCCAGUACAACACGGACGAGUCCAUCACCGGCUUCGCCCAUGCCUCCUUCAAGCUGGCCCUUACCAAGAAGCUGCCCCUGUACAUGAGCACCAAGAACACCAUCCUCAAGAAGUACGAUGGCCGCUUCAAGGACAUCUUCCAGGACCUCUACGAGGCCCAGUACAAGGCCGAGUUCGAGGCCGCCGGCAUCUGGUACGAGCACCGCCUCAUUGACGACAUGGUUGCGCAGAUGAUCAAGAGCUCUGGUGGCUACAUCAUGGCUCUCAAGAACUACGACGGCGACGUCCAGUCCGACAUUGUCGCCCAGGGCUUCGGCUCCCUCGGCCUCAUGACCUCGGUUCUCAUCACCCCCGAUGGCAAGACCUUCGAGUCCGAGGCCGCCCACGGCACCGUCACGCGCCACUUCCGCGAGCACCAGAAGGGCAAGGAGACGUCGACCAACCCCAUCGCCUCCAUCUUCGCCUGGACCCGCGGUCUUAUCCAGCGCGGCAAGCUUGACAACACUCCCGAGGUCGUCGCUUUCGCCGAGUCCCUCGAGAAGGCCUGCAUCGACACCGUCGACGUCGACGGCAUCAUGACCAAGGACCUUGCCCUCGCCUGCGGCAAGUCCGCCCGCGAGGACUACGUCACCACCAACGAGUACCUCAACGCCGUCGAGCGCCGCAUGAAGAAUAUUCUCAAGGAGAAGUUGUAG